GUCUUCUGCUCUGAGCUACCGGGCCCUACCAGGAGCUCCAGGGCCAGCUGGGACCCAUCCCUUUGGAGCAGCUGCUUCAGACUAGGCUAGGAAGCACUGAGCUCUAGUGGUCAAGGGAGCCAUGGAGGAGAGAGCUGGUCAGCGAGAGCAAGACAGACCCAGCCUUCGUCUGGAAAAGCUACAGCACUGGGCCAGGCACAGGCAGAGUGGGCACCUCUUGGUGCUGGCGGUGAGCCAGCUAUGGCUGGCAGUGGCUGUGGUGCCCUUUGCUAUCUCAGUUGCCUGCCUGAACUCUGCUUGUCACAUGGCCACAGCACUGCCACUUGGGCCUGGCGUACUGGGUCUCCUCACUGGGAUUGUAACCCUUGAGCUGCGCAGAGCACCCCGUCUCUGGAAGCUAGCCGGCUUGCUGGUGCUGGAGCUCAGUGCUGAGGCCUUCACCCUAGGGGGAGUGCUGGUCUCAGCAUACUCCCUGUUCCUGCUGAGCCAGAGGAAGCCAGGAUGCUGCCAGAGCCAGAGUCUGCACUACCAGGAGCUGCAGGAGGGUCUCUCAGAAUUAGAGGAAGUUCCUGAUUUGGAGACUGGUCCCACGGUGGCUAGCAGAGCAAACAGAACAAAUGAGUGAGCUGGCAAGGGGAAGCAGACAGGUGUUGCUUUCCUACCCGGCGGGAGCGUUCUCCAGACCCUCCUGCACCCCAUCCCACCGAACUCAAACUAGAUGGAGUCCCCUGAGACCUACUUGAAGUCUGGUGGAGUGCCUUCAAUCUUCACGCAGACUAGGCCCCUUUCUUUUUCCUUCCCUGCUGCGGAAAGCAAUACCUAGACCGAGUCUUAAACCACCUCACCGCCCUGAAAAUCUGCCCGCCUGCAGGAUAUCCUUAAACCAACUUUCAGCUAGACCCAUUUUCUCCCUUCUAUCCUCACCCUCCUUCCCCACUGCCUCCCCAUCCUGCUUCACAUGUGCCUCAUCUCACUAUUUCCAAGAUUUCCACCUUUCACAAUCCCAUCCACUAAAAACCCGUACACGCCCACUCUCUGAAAUCAAUUCACAACGGGUGCUUUCGUUCUCUCGCUUCGAUCCGGUUCCUUUCUACUCUAGCGGAGACUACAAAUCCCAGGAUGCCCCGCUACCCUGUGGCCCGCUGGGAAAUAAAGAACCUUCCCU